AUGAAUCAACAUCGUAUUGCCAGUGCAGAAGCCCUGGAGCAAAGAAGCGAUGUUAACGGCGCGAAGAGUGCUCUCACAUCCGAUGAGAACAAACGUGCCCUUGCAGCCCUUACGGCUGAUGGCAAUGCGGAGAAUAUGAAGCGGGCUCUUACAGCUCUUACCUCUGAUGAGGACAGUUCGACCAAUGUGAAACGUCCUCUUGGGGCCCUCGCAGCUGAUGAUAACAAGCGCGCUCUCACAACUCAGCAGGACAAGGGUUAG